CGCGCAUACGAACGGACGAUCAGUCACUAAAAAGCACUUCUGAACCUCGGUUGUGUUGAGUGAGCACUGCAGUAUAAACGGUGAUUAGUAAAACUGUGAUUAUCUACUGACUGAAAUUUUACUCUGUAGGUACACAGAAAGUUGAUAUUGUUAAUAGUCCGGUAUAAAAAUGUAAGCCAAUGUGAAAAGUAAUUUGUUUUUUUUUUUUUUUUGUUAAUUUUGUUUCGAUAAACUCGCUUCGAAGAAUUCAUAUCUCACCAAUUUCCCAGAAAUUAUAACAUUCACGCGACUGCGUCGUAAGCAAGUUCAUUAAACAACUUUUCCUUAUACAAGUAUUAUACAAAACUUUAUAGAAUAACAAGUGAUUAAAAGUGAGGAAAGAGUAAAGCGAUAUUUACGCGCCGCAUGUUUUGCAACUCGUGUAACGUCAUUUUUCAGUAUCAAUACUGAUGUUCGUAUCGUCGGUUCAACUGCAGUGAUUUCCAAAAAAGUAGAACUGCGCCUUUCGACGAACGUCGUAUAAUUUUGUAAAAAAUUAAUUUACGGGCAACGUAGCAAACAUGAUUCAAAUUCUGAACGAUACGUUUUUAGUGUUAAUGUACACUGCAAAUAUCAUGAGCACACUUCCCAAUGAAACGGAGGUGACAAAUGUAACUAAUUUGUCAGUAGAAAACGACGUGGCGAAAAUAAACGUGUCUAAGCAAGAGCACAACGAAUUCGAGUUAUUAGACGACUGGUACAUGUGGCGUUGCUACCAGCCAUUCGGCUGUUUCUACAUCGGAGAACCAUGGUACGGCGAGAACAGACCAGUGGUGGACUUUCCGAUGCGCCCGGACAAAAUCGGCCCAGGGUAUAUCCUGUACACUCGAAAUACGAUGGACAAUCCCGAAUCGCUGAAGAUCGACCAAAACGCCACAAUCAAAAACGCUCACAUCCGUCCCAACGGGAACGUUUACUUCAUCAUCCACGGAUACCUUGAGAAUGGAGACAAAACCUGGGUCCUGAGAAUGACUAAGGAACUGCUCCACCGUGAGGACUGCAACGUGGUGGUCGUCAACUGGCUCACAGGUGCUGGUCCACCGUACACUCAGGCUGUUGCGAAUACCCGAUUGGUAGGAGCGAUGACUGCUCGUCUUGCGGCCCAGUUCAUCAACAUUGGAGGCUUCGAACCCUCCCGGGUCCACGUCAUCGGACACAGUCUCGGCGCCCACACCGCCGGCUACGUUGGAUACCACCUGCGGGUUCGAUAUGGCCUUAAUCUCGGCAGGAUAACUGGUCUGGACCCGGCGGAACCGCACUUCAGCAACACCUCGCCGAUGGUUCGUUUGGACCCAACAGACGCCGACUUCGUUGCAGUGAUUCACACCGAUUGCAACCCUUUCAUUAGCGGCGGUCUUGGUAUCACCCAGCCGGUUGGCCACAUCGAUUUCUACCCUAAUGAUGGCCGGAAUCAACCUGGAUGCAACGAAGGAGUCCUCGACGCGAUAACUCUUGAACGUGGAAGCUUCGUCAGAGGCAUCAGAAGGUUCCUCGGCUGCAACCACAUCCGAAGCUACGAGUACUUCAUUGAAAGCAUUAACACCGCUUGUCCGUUUCUUGCCGUUCCCUGUUCGUCCUGGACCCGGUUCCAGGAGGGUGGCUGUUUCGAUUGCGUAAAUCAGUACUGCCCACGAUUCGGGUUCGACGCACAAAGAGGAAACUACCACGCAUCGACCUACCUAAUGACCGCAGGAUCAAAGCCUUUCUGCAGAGGACACUACAGGGUAAAAAUCAACAUCUCGAAGACGGCAGAAAGUAUGAACCACGGUGGUGAAGUGGGAAUCUUUGUCCUGCGAGUGAUCGGGGACAACGGCAAACAGACUGAGAAAAUGCGUUUCAGCGAAGACUCGAAGUACUAUGGACCGGGAACCACCCACACGAUUGUCCUCCCAGGGGAAGUUGUCGGUAAGCCGAAAGCCGUUGAAGUCACUUGGGAGUAUCAGACUACGUUCAACCCUCUCACUUGGCGUCUCAUCACCAAACCGAUGGUUUAUCUCGACUCCGUCGUCGUUGACAGCCUGGAAUCCAAUAGCGGGAUAAAAGUCUGCACGGAUGAGUCGAAGACUUUGAUAGCCAACGAACCGAAGUUUCUAACCGUGGAGAACUGCAAUCCAGUGUUGGCAAACAUCGUGACGACGUAGGAUACAAGACUCUCCUACCGGCAUCGAGGUCUCAACGUGAUCUCAGCGACCGUUCAAUCGCCAUGAUUAUUAUACUUUCAGAUACAAUCGGAAGUACGGAUUGACGGACGAAUGUCUCCUCAUCUCAUCAAAGGCAUACGUACAUCAUCAUUUUAGGCAAUAAGAAAGUCUUUCACGGUCCAACCCAUCGCUCGGCUUUUUUUAAAACAUGACUACUGCCAAAGCCUUAAUCGUCGUGUUCUUUUUCAAAAAUUGUAUAUAUACAGCAGCGUGCUUGGGGUUGGGCUAAAGUUUAUUAACACUAUCAAUGCAAGCUUACGUCGACUUAAGAGAUAUAAGACGGAAUGAGAGAAACGAAGGACGAGAGACUCGCUGCAUUACUCUUAUAGUAUCAAAGUCCUUUCACUCCGGUUACACCUGUGCUGAAUGCAUUUCUAGUUCACCUGAUGCACAGCUUCAGACGUGGACUUUACCCAGGACUUUCAUAUAACUCAAUCAAUUUUCGUUUUACAGUAAUUACAGUGAUCGUUAAAAGUUUCACGCCCCUCAUUUACUGAAAUAUCUAUAGCUAUAUUCGUAUUGAAAGUAUAUGUAAUGAUGUACUUGACAGUUACUAAUAAGCGUCUCAAUCGUCACGUAGAAUAAUUAACUGUAAAAUAAUAUAUAUAACUGUACAUACGUAAAUACUUUUCACUAUUGUUUUGUUAGCAUAAAGCACGAUACGACAAGUUCACACGUCUACGGUAAAUCGGUAUUAUUAGAGUUUUUUAUUCUUCUAUUAUUCGUUGUUUGUCGUCGUUGUCGUUUAUGAUUUCCACAAUAAGUGUACUUGUAAUUUUUAUUUUACUCUUUUCUUCUACAAUAAACGUUGAAUAAAAUUGCAGA